UGAGCAACAAGUUGUCUCUUUCUUCAGCUAUGGGGAUCUCCUUCAGCAACCGUCGACGAGACAAUUACCACCGUCGCCACCACAAUCACCUUCCUCCUCCUCCUCCUCCGCCGCACUAUUACUCCGAUCCUCCCUCACAACCGCCGCCUCAACCACCGCACAACGAGUACAGCUACACUCAGAACCACCUCGUAUCAACUCCACAGCUCUCUCUUCCUCCUCCACAACCGUCUCAGCCACCAUCUCAUCCUCCGCCGAAUAUUAAUUACGGAGCCUACGGUCAUAGCUAUAAUCAAAACCAGUAUUACCCACCACAACAGCCUCCUCCGUAUUACUCCGGUUAUCAUCACAAUGGGUGGAAUCAGAUGAUGAGACCGGUUCACUUCGGUCCGCCUCCGGUUAAUCAAGCGCCUCCGCCGUACGCGAGCGCGAAGAAGGUUAGGAAUGAUGUCAAUGUGCAUAAAGACACGGUGAGGCUCGAAGCAGACGAUCUAAACCCUGGCCAUCAUCUAGUUUCCUUCGUCUUCGAUGCCGUAUUCGAUGGCAGUUUCAAUAUCAUAUUUUUUGCAAAGGAGGAACCGAACUGCACAAUGGUGCCGCAUUUUCCAGAAGCUUUCCCACCAACCAAAGUCCCUUUCAAAAAAGGUACAGCACAGAAGUUUCUACAACCAUCAGGGACAGGAACGGACCUGGGCUUCUUUUCACUGGACGAUCUAUCAAAACCAUCACCAGAAGAUAUAUACCCACUUGUAAUAUCAGCUGAGAUAGUAAUCUCACCAAGCUCUGUUUCUGAGGAAUCAUUAGUUCAUAAGCAAAUCACACAAGCUGGUUUGGAGAAGACUAAUGAUGGAUCUUUCAAAGUGAAAGUCAUGAAUCAGAUCCUAUGGAUUGAAGGAGUUCGAUAUGAACUACGUGGUGAGCUGUAUGGAAUCGAUAACUCAACCACUCAAGGUAGUGUUGCCUCAGGCUUAGAGGAUACCGGUGGCAAAGAAUGUGUUAUUUGCUUGACUGAACCUAAGGACACCAUCGUCAUGCCUUGUAGACAUUUGUGUUUGUGCAGCGAAUGUGCGAAAGAACUAAGGUUUCAGUCAAACAAAUGUCCUAUUUGUCGACAAGCUAUCAAAGAGCUUUUAGAGGUUGAAGUUGGGAUUACUGAACACUAAAGUAGAGGUUUCUUCUUUUCACUUAAACACCAUGUUUGAUUCCUUUUAUUAGAACCUUGAAGUCGAAUACUUUUGCCUUUUUUAUUAACAUGGUAUGCGUUUUUUCGUUUCAUGCUCUGCACAGAUUUGUUGGUCGUUAUGUCAGAAGUUUGAAAGAUUAUAAACAUCAGUAAUGUAUAUAAUGGUUCUGAAGAAGCUCUCUUGUUUCUUUCUGCUUGGAACA